AUGCGAAAAGCGCUAAUCAGCUCAUGCGAUGCAGUCGAUCGAAUCCUCGAACCGCAGACCAUCGCGCAUUUCCUGGAGUUCUGUUCCUGGGGAACACUCCCGACCGGCAAACAAACUUCCCUACCGAAACUCCUCCCCGAGGAUAUCCCCUUCAUUGAUGGCCCGCCGCCGACAAGCGACAAUGUCGGUAACUCGGAAUCCAUCAUGAGCCGCGUCGCAGAGCGAAUCGGCUCCUUCAGCGAUUCGUCCCGUCUCUGCCUGGUCGGCAAGAAUAUUAACUCGCUGAAGUCGCGGCUCUGGGAGGGUAUCGUGCCAUUGUCGGAGCAGCGAUGGCGCGAGAAGCGCCUAGAUCGUGAGGAGAACUUUGACGUCGCGGCGCAGCAUAUCUCCGCUGUCGUGGCGGUGUUCGAGUACUUGAACCAGCCGGCCGUGGUGGCCAACCUGCGCGACACGUUCAAUCUCAUCUGGGAUUUGUGGGAGGAGGCUGACGUCCUGGUGAAUAGGAACCGAGAGGCGAUAGGAAAAGAGAAGAUCAGUCUCACGAAACUGUGGACGGAGUACAUGGCUGCCAAAUACGAGGUUAUGACGGGGCGAGCGCAUCGCUGGGUCAUUCUACAUGUGGAGGCGCUGCGAGCGCCCCUGCUUCGGACGUUGCGAUUACAUCGCCCGAUUAACGAGGAUGUCGUCGAUCGGAUACAGUGGAAAACCACGGAUCAGCUGCACAUGUUGAACGAGAUCGCGUCGGUGGCUGACUAUACGAUUCUCAUGCCCAUGCAAGGGUAUAAGGGGUGGAGUGGGAAUGUGCCGAUAGGGGCACAGGGGCCCUUGGCGGAGCGCAGUAAAAGGUAUGGGCCACGGUUGAAGCAAUUGACACGAGAGGGCAUUUACGAGAGAGCAUUGAAUGGAACUAGAGCGCCUGGUCGUGUUGCGUCGCCUGGGCCGUUGGUUCAGCUGGCCUUGGAUCAGAUCGAUUGUCAGAGUAGGCUAAGACGGGAGAUUCGGGGCGAGGCUAUCACAAUGCCGAAAGAGCCGUGGAUCACAAAUGCAUUGCAGAAGCUCGAGAAAAAGCCGGAGCCGAUGCAUGAGAGUCAGGGGCUUAUGAUCUAUCGCAUCACGUAUGGGCAGACGGACGAGGAGUGGGACAGGUUUCUGCAGAGGUUCCAGGCCCAUGUGGAUGAUUGGGGACGGGGCCAUACGGGGAGUAGCUUCAUCAAGCCAUAUCUGAAGCUGCAUUGGUUCGACGGCAAGGAACUAGGCAUCCCAGAGGGAGACGUGGCGGCGGCGAGAAAACACUUCAAGGAGCAGCCAGUCUCUCAAUUCGGGGACAAGGUUCAAGUGAACAGACACGUGUUCCUGGCCGUGGACGAUAUCAGCUUCGGGUCUUACACAACAGACGACUACGCCGUCGCAACAGCCCUGCCUUUGCGCGGCGACUUUACAGGCUUUGUACUAGCCGUCGACGCCGACUACGAUCCGAAAGAACCCCUUGAACGUCCCGACGAGUCUCCAGGGCAUCACGGUCAGAUGCGAAUCCUGGGCAGUUUGAUCUGGAGCGAUCUCUUCUCCGGACUCUCGUCCCAAUCUGCAUAUCCAGAAGACCUCUGGCCUCUAGCCCUGGACCAUCCCAACCAGGUCUACGUCGGCCCCACCGUUCCACUGACAAUUAGUGAUUGGCGAAUGCAGAACGGCAUACGAAACCUCCUCCUCCGCCAGAUCGUCGACUACGUGAAAGCCAAAAUGGAUGGAACCGCCCCGGAACUACCGUCCCAGCCAGAAAACGGGUCUCGGGAUCCCCUUAAUGGAGAACAUGAUCCGCUGCGGCAGCAUCUGAUGAGAAAUUUUGUCAAUUGGCUAAGAGAUAACAACCACACCCGGGAGGGGAUCAUGGCCGAAGAGGUGAUGCGAGCGCGACCAGGACAGGAUGCCGAUAUGGAGCGGAUACGGCAGCGAAUGGAUGCGUUGGAGAACGGGGAUGAGGACGAGGUAAAUCCGCCGAGACUUGAGGAUCCGGAUGAUCCAUGCCCGAUGCAGUGA